CGUAACAAAGAGUUCCUGAACAAAGUAGACGGUAUACUUGUAGUAUAUGCAAUUAAUGACAGGCAUAGUUUUGAAUUUGCUGAGGGUAUUUGUGAAUGGAUACGACGAGAAAAGAAACCUUCCGCACAUGUGCCUGUUGUUUUUCUAGGGAACAAAGCAGACUUAAGUCAUAUCAGGUGUGUUAGUUGUCAUAGAACAGAGGAAUUGAAAUGGAGGCAUGAUAACUACAUGAUAACUGAGUGCUCAGCGUCUACAGAAGUUGUAGAAAUAAGCAAGGUCUUUAAUACACUUAUCAAUAGAAUCCUAGAAAGACGGGAAUCCACACUGAGAUCACCAAGACGUCUUUCCCAGAAUCCAUUAGGUUCACCAAAAGUAAUUCGUGCAUCAAUAAAACGACGGUUUAGUGUCUUUACCAGAGAACGAACUUCAACUAUGUAAAUGUGAUAUACUUGUUAUUUGUGUACUUUGAUCUUUCUAUCUUUAUUUCGGUGUAGACAUUAUUAUGCACACCAGUAUAAGGAACACAAACAGUUAUAUGAUAAAGAAUGCGAGAAAAAGUACAGAUUUCUUGUAUAUAAAUCUUUCAGUAAUAAAUGUUUAAUUGACAUACAUAUACAGAUUAAUGAGCCGCGCUAUGUCAAAACCAGCAUAGUGCGUUUUCGACCAGCAUAGAUCAAGACCAGUCUUCGCAUAUGCGCAGUGUAAUCAGGAUCCAUGAUGUUCGCUAUCAGUUUAUCUACUUGUAAUAAGGGUUGUAAGCGAACAUCAUGGAUCUUGGUCAGACUGCGCGGAUGCGAAGGCUAGUUUGGACCCAUGCUGGUCGCAAACGCACUUUGCUGGUUUUGUCAUGGCGCGACUCAUUUGUCUUCUGAGAUUCUGAUUCUCAUAUAUUGUUUCACGAUUCUGUGGAGCUAUUCGUUUAUAUUUUACACAUGUAUUUAAUAAAUUUGUAAUAAUUUUA